AUGUCAGGUGGAAAGGGAAAGUCUCAUGGUGGCAAGGCUGGCCACAAGGCUGGGACCGAGGGCCGGACGCAAGUCUCUCACUCGGCUAAGGCGGGGUUGCAGGCCGCAAAUGACCUCGAGUUCUGUGGCGCGACCUCGUUUGUGGCGGCGUUCGGCCCUGCGCUCGACUGCAACUGCAACUGCAAAUGCGCACUGGCCUCGAUCUUCCCUUGCGGUCGUGUGAAGCGUUUCCUCAAGAACAACACCCAGAACAAGAUGCGCGUCGGCGCGAAGGCUGCCGUCUACGUUACUGCGGUCCUCGAAUACCUCACGGCCGAAGUCCUCGAACUCGCCGGAAACGCCGCCAAAGACCUGAAGGUCAAGCGUAUCACCCCACGUCACUUGCAGCUCGCCAUCCGCGGUGACGAAGAACUCGACACACUGAUUCGCGCUACCAUUGCGUUUGGCGGUGUCCUUCCGCACAUCAAUCGCGCUCUGCUCCUCAAGGUCGAGCAGAAGAAGAAGAGCAAUACGAAUAAGGCAUGA